UCUGGUAAGCUUUAGUCUUGCAUGGAGGAUUCUUCUUCCAUGGCGGCCUUCCACGGAGCCUCUUUCUCUUCCUCUUCUUCUUUUACCCACGAUGUAUUCUUGAGUUUUUAGAGGCGAAGAUACUUGCAAUGGAUUUACUGCCCAUCUUUACAACGCUUUGUGCCGAAAUGGAAUAAACACCUUCAUGGACAACAGCCUUAGAGGCGGAGAAGAAAUUUCUCCGGUACUCCUCAAAGCCAUUGAAGACUCAAAGAUUUCAAUCAUUGUACUUUCUAAAAACUAUGCAUCAUCCCGAUGGUGCUUAGAUGAGCUAAUGAAGAUCCUUGACUGUAGAAAAACAAGGGAACAUCGGGUUCUACCGUUGUUUUAUGAUGUAACUCCUUCAGAAGUACGACAUCAAACCAAUACAGUUGGAGAAGCAUUUGCUGAACUUGAAAAAUGGUACAAGGAUGAUGAAAAUAAGGUGAAGGCGUGGAAGAUGGCCCUAACCGAACUAGCUGAUUUGUCUGGGAGGCCUUUGGAGAAUAGGAAUGAACCUGAAUUUAUUCACGAAAUCAUUGAAUGGGUGGAUUCGAUAUUAGUAAAGAAGACAUACUUUCAAGUUGCCCAUUAUCCAAUUGAUAUAGAGUCUCGUGUACAAGAUGUGAAGUCUCUUUUAGAUAUAGAGAAGAAGGACAGUACACACAUGCUAGGGAUCUUCGGGAUUGGUGGAAUUGGUAAGACAACUCUCGCCAAAGCUAUCUACAACUCGAUUGCUUCUCUGUUUGAAGCUAAUUGUUUUCUUGGAGACAUCAGAGAAACUUCCAAACAAAAUGGUGGUCUGGUCCGUUUGCAAAAUGAACUUCUUUUUAAGAUCCUAGGAAGUUCAAGUAUAAUGGUUGACAAUGUUGAUCAAGGAAUUAAUUUGAUAGAGAAGAGGCUUCGCCUAAUAAGGGUUCUUUUAGUUCUUGAUGAUGUGGAUCAGUCAGUUCAAUUGGAAAAGUUAGCUGGAAAAACUGAUUGGUUUGGUAUAGGAAGUAGAAUCAUCAUAACAACAAGAGAUAAAGAUUUACUAACUAAGUAUCAUGCUUUAACCUACGAGGUGAAGGAAUUGUGUCACCACAAAGCUCUUCAGCUCUUUAGUUGGCAUGCUUUCAAUAGAUACAAACCUGAUGAUGAUUAUGUGGAAAUUUCUAAAGAUGCAGUACGUUAUAGUGGAGGAUUGCCACUAGCUUUAACGGUGAUAGGCUCAACUCUAAAAGGUAGAGAUAUACUUUAUUGGAAAAGUAAAUUGGAUGAGUACAAAAUAAUUCCUCACGGUGAUAUUCAAAAAAAACUUAGAAUAAGUUUUGAUGGAUUGGAUGAAAAUGCGAAGAAUAUUUUCCUUGACAUUGCGUGUUUCUUCAAAGGAGAGAAUGUAGAAGAUGUCACAAAAGUGUUAGAUAAUAUCCGUGGUUUUCACUCAUAUAGUGCCAUUGAAGAGCUAAAGGAUAAGUGCCUCAUAACUCAAUAUUACGGAUCAUUGCGGAUGCAUGACUUGGUGCAAGAAAUGGGUAGGGAAAUUGUUCGACAAGAAUCACCCAAUGAACCUAGCAAGCGCAGUAGAUUGUGGUUUCAUGAAGAUGUUCGUGAUGUCCUAGAAGGAAAUACGGGAACAAACACAGUUGAGGGCAUGUUGAUACGUUUGCCUGAACCAGACUUGAUACACUUGACUCCUAAAGCCUUCAAGAAGAUGAAAAGGCUCAAAAUUUUUAUAAACAACAAUGCGUACUUUUCUAAAGAGCCUAGUUUUCUCUCAAAUGAGUUAAGAUUGCUUGAUUGGCCUAAUUAUCCUGGAGAGUCGUUGCCACCCAAUUUUUGUGGAAAGAAUCUUGUCGUUUUAACAAUGCCUCGAAGUCACCUCAAGGAAUUGGAGGGAGUUCAGAAUUUUCAAAACAUGACAACUAUGAAUUUCUCUUGUUGUGAAUUCCUAAGAAAAUUCCCUAAUGUUUCAAGGACCCCAAAUUUAGAGAAAUUGGAUCUUAAUUAUUGUAAAAAUUUAGUUGAGGUUCAUCAUUCUGUUGGAUUCCUUGAUAAACUCGUUAGUUUGACACUUGAAGAAUGCUCUAACCUUAUGAGUUUUCCUAGAAGGCUCAAGAUGAGAUCUCUCAAACUUCUUUCGCUUUGGGGUUGCUCAAGACUUAAGAACUUCCCUGAAAUUGAGUGUCAAAUGGAAUGUUUAGAGAAUAUCAACUUUGGAGAAACUGGUAUAGAGGAACUGCCUUCAUCCAUUGAAUACCUCGCUGGGGUUAAAAUGUUAAAUCUAAGCGGUUGCAAAAACCUUAUGGAUCUUCCAUAUAGCAUUUAUAAGUUGCAACAUUUGGAAAGUCUAUCCAUUGGGAACAUGGAUAGGAUUGUACUACCGUUUCUAAGCCUUCCAUAUAGCAAUUAUCAAUUGUGUCAUUUGGAGCGUCUUAGGCUCUCUGGUUGUUCAAAAGUUAUUGAGUUUCUCAAAGUGGUGGAGAAUACGAGAAAAUCCAUUCCCGUUGUUGUAUCCAUAGAGGAAUAUGAAAUUUCACCAGUGGCAGAAUUACUCCAAUUGUCGCCUUCGACAAAUAGAAACGAUUCUAAUGAUGGUUGUUUCUCGGUAGUAUUUCCGAAACUUCGAAUGUUGUAUCUUGAAAAUUGUGACCUCUCAGAAUCAAAUUUCUUUAGGACCUUUGAUUUUUGCUCCACAUUGAUGGAAUUAGAUCUAUCAAGGAGUGAUAUUGUUACCCUUCCUCCAUGCAUCGGUAGAUUUGUUAGAUUGUGGGCCCUUUAUUUGAUCGGAUGCGAGGCACUUAAAGAAAUUCUAGGACUUCCACCUAAUGUAAAACGAGUGGAAGCUAGGGGGUGCGUAUCAUUAGCAAUAUUUUUAGAAGAAGACAGAAGAUCUCAAUUGUUUAAUACACCAGAGGCCUUAUUCCAGGUUGGAACGGUAUUUCCAGCGUUGAUUCUUGGAAACCAUGUUCUAGCAGAAUCAGAUUUCUUGAUUCAACGUGAUUACCUUUCUAGUUUGGAACAUCUAGAUUUAUCAAGUAGCGCUAUUGUUAGCCUUCCUGCGUGGUUCAAUAAAUUUGUUGGAUUGGAGAUACUUUACUUGAACGACUGCAACAAACUUGGAGAAAUUCCAGAACUUCCACCAAAUAUAAAAAGGUUAUAUGCAGAGGGAUGCACGUCAUUGGAAAGAUUUCAAUUUAAUAAUGUAAAGGAUUUACCAAUGCUUGAAUGGAUUGACUUCUCCAAUUGCCAUGGACUGCGUGAAAAUAUGGGGGAUGAUCUGGAAAUUUGUUUAAUGAGCGUGGGACAUUCUAACAACUAUGAAUUUGGUUGUUUAUUUCCGGGAAAUAAGAUUCCUGAUUACUUUAGCUAUCAUAAAGAAGUUUCAUAUGCUAAUUCGUGUGAAAUAGAUAUCAAAGAGCCUGUACAUUUGGAUUUGGAGAAUACAAGAUUUUCUUUCUCUGCGGUUAUUGGAACAGAUGAUAUACAAGAUGCGUUUCCUUUUAAAAUUCUCGUUGAAGUCAUCAAUGAUAUUGGUAAAAAAAUCUAUUCUCGGAAGUUUCGUGAUUUGGAUACUCCAGUCGGCUCACAUGUAUGGAUGAAUUUCCCUGGUUCACACCACUCUCAGCUAAAGACGAAUAACCUUCAAGUGAAAUUUACAAUAAUGGGUGCGCGUACGUCAGUGUAUUUUAAGAGUUGCGGAUUCCAAAUAGUUGCAGGGCAAUAAACUAUUUGGGACAGAGUCCCUAGCUUGGGUUAUGAUAAUGCGUAUUGAAGGAUUUCCUUUUGAUUUGGCUUUGUGUGUUUUGCAAGUUACAUGCUGCAACUUCUACGUCAGAUGCCAUACAUGGGUAAGAAAUGGUGUCUUCAACUUUUGAUCACUAGCUUGCUAAGAUUCCGACCGAACCUUACCAAUAGUCCAUGUUCCAUUGUAGGAGUUCCAGCAUGGACCCAACAAUUUCAAUUUCAGGAGAUUGAGCAAUAUGUGAAAAGUAAAUAGAAAUUGAACUCAUUGCUAUGGAAAAGCUCAACCAACUUUCUUAUAUGAAUGGUCAUUUUCACUCGGUUUAGGACCACUACAAAAGGACCCCAAUUCAAGGGAAGAAUUUGAUUUCAAGCAGCUUGUGGAGGCAUUAUCAUCUAAAUGCUCCAUUGAAGAAUUUGAGCUUUUGUGAGAAAAAUUUGAUUUCCCCGGAACACAGUUCACAGUUGUUCAUGGGGGACAGAACUGGAGCAGGUAUGACCACGUUGUGAAUGAUAUCAAAGAUGUUCGGAGUGGCAGAUUGUUCAUACAAAAAAAGGAGACAAAUUUUGCUGCCCAUGAAAUAACCAAAUUGGUUGUCCACCAAAGUAUAGAUCAGAUUUGAAUUAAAGAAAUUUCAAGAUGUAUUAGUGAAUUGGUUUUGUUAGAGCAACAUGCUCUUAUUUUUUUAUACG